AUGCUGAUUCUGCAAGCUGGGGCAACUGCUGUUGUUGUAGCUAGUUUCCCUUCCAUUGCUGCAGCCAUCUGCAUCUCUCCCAAUGCUACCAUUCACUUCCCUCCCACUCCCGCUGGUCCCAUUACCCACCUCCCUCCCACUGCCCCCAUUCCCCAGCUCCCUGCCACUGCUGCUGAGCGAGACACGCCGCCCAUUGACCAGCAUGGAGCGCGCACGUGUCAGAUGCUCAUUG